GCGAUCCUCUGAGGAGAGUGGCGCUCGCCGCCUCUCAUUUCUCCUAGGGCUAGGCCGCAUCCUUUUUUGUUUUUUCUUCCCCGGGAGCUCCACGAGAGCCGCCGCUGCCGCUGCCGCCGCCUCCGCCUCCUUUUUCUCCUGGUGUUUCACAAGGGCCGCGGCCGUUGCCUCCUUUUUUUCUCCUGAAACUUCGCCACCUCCCUUUUCUCCUAAAGUUUCACAGCAAAGGGAUUAGAAGCAUUGCCUCUUUUUUAGCUUCUCUUCUAUAUCGUUUUUGCAUAUAUCAAUGCCACGUGUAUCCCUCGCAUCCCUCAUUUUUAGGAGAGGCGGUGUUAAUCUAGGGUUUCAUUGUUUGUCGUUGAUGCGGCCCGUUGAUUUUCAUUUAUCCGAUUCUUCUCCACUCUUACGACACUUCUCUUCGCAGCUUGUGAAGACUAAUGGAAAUAGAGUAAAUAGAGUUUACCUUGUGGACACGUUAGCUUUGGUUAGGAAAUUAGAAACACAAGGAUUGCCUACUAAGCAAGCAGAGGCUAUCACAUCAACUAUCACAGAGACUUUGAAUGAUAGUUUAGAGAACGUGAUACAGUCAUUUGUAUCAAAAUCUGAGAUGGAUAAGAUUGAGAUGAUUCAAGAUUCUAAUUUAUCAAAAUUCAAGUCUGAAAUAAAGAGCACUCAGGAGCAUCAUUUUUCAUCUUUGCAACGAGAGACUGGAAAACUUCAAGGGGAUAUUGAGAAAUUGCGAAGUGAACUUAGAUAUGAAGUGGAUAAAGUUACUGCCGGACAUCGUUUGGAUUUAAAUCUUGAAAGAGGGCGCAUACGUGAUGAACUAGCUACGCAGGCUACUGAAAACAAUGAACUCACUAAUAAACUUGACCGGGAAAUUCACUCAUUGAGAACACAAUUAGAGACUGCAAAGUACGAUGUUAUAAAAUACUGCGUUGGUACUAUUGUUUCAAUAUCAACAGUUGGUCUUGCUUUUGUGCGUAUUUGGAUGAAAAAUCUGUGAACAUUUGGUGAUCUUUUGAUACAAAUUAUUUUUUCUUUAGCAUAGAAAGUAUUCCUUUUGGAUAUAAAAUUGUGAGUCAUAUUUCAUGGAUUGAGACUUAAUCAAUCAGGUUGAUGUUUAUUGGUGAUUAACAAAGGCAAUUAGAAAUUAAUUUCCAACA